AUGUCAAGAAAGAGAAUAACAACUGGUCAUCAAUUUUCUAUUCUUCAUCAACAACUGGAGAGAAAUGACAAAUUUUCAUGGGAACCGUUUGCAGUCGAAGACUUUAUUGUAAGAAGGCUGUUCCCAUUGCGAAAGAACUGCCAUUCUUGGCCGGAACCAUUUUGCUACGUUCUAUUCAGGCAAGUUGAAUCAUCAGGGGUUGAAAGAAAGUUUAUGACUGUAAUAAAAAAAUGUCUUCUGAGUGAUAGAACGACUUUAAUACCUGUUGCCUGUUCGGCACCUACCAUUGGAGCUAAGAAUGACCUAAAAUUCAACAAGCUUGAGAAAGUUCACUACUGGCCUGGUUCUGAAAAGGCAAAACGAACUAGCAAAGAACUGUUAUCCAAAAUGACGGGCCAUGGAGUUACUUUACCAUCUUCACUGAGCUUAUUCUCGAUUAAAAAUGAGUCUUCUUUCAUGUCUAGAAAUGUAGUACUGGAUGAAUUAAUUUAUUUAAAACACUGUUGUGACAGUCAGGCAAAGAAUAGCAGUAAAAAGUUUUGUGAAGAGACUGUGAAGGAUAUCGUUGUCGCUGUCAUGAGCAAAGUUAAUGGAUAA